AUGGCAAAGACGACGCAGACGGUCUUGAAUGGCAACCCAAGCGGCGACACGAGACACCAGAACCGCACGACGGUAGCCUCAAUUAGUAAACAGGAAACUACCGACAUCCAGCGAUGGCGGCUCCUGGACGAAGCCGGCCGGCAGACAUGGCAUUACCUGGAGACUGACGAAGAGGUCAAAGCUUGGCCGCAAAGCACAGCCGAUAGGUACCACCUUGGUCUGCCUCUGGUUCUACCGGACCUCAAGAUACCCCACACCCCGCUCGCAUCCGUCCAAAAUGCCCUCUCCUUUUUCUCCCGCCUGCAGCUGCCCCCCGGCAACUGGGCUUGUGAAUACGGCGGUCCCAUGUUCCUCCUGCCAGGCAUGGUUAUCGCCUGGUACGUCACACAGACACCUGUGCCAGCACCCGUUGCCAUAGAGAUGAAACGGUACCUCUUUGCCCGACAGAAUCCAGAUGAUGGGGGGUGGGGGCUACAUAUUGAAGGGGAGAGCACGGCGUAUGGGACUACGAUGACUUAUGUUGUGCUGAGGCUACUGGGGGCGAAUGAAGAGGAUAAGAGGAUGGUAAAGGCGAGGGGGAUGCUACACCAGUUGGGGGGGGCGGUGAUGGCACCGCAUUGGGCCAAGUUCUGGUUGGCGGUGUUGGGGGUAAUGGAGUGGGAGGGGGUGAACCCUGUGCCUCCGGAGCUGUGGCUUCUCCCAGACUGGGUACCCAUCGCUCCUUGGCGUUGGUGGAUACACAUGCGCAUGGUCUUCCUGCCCAUGUCCUACAUUUACUCCAGGAGAUUUGUCACCCCUCAGACUCCUCUGAUCCGCCAGAUUCGGGAAGAAAUCUACACCCAAAGCCAUUCCUCUAUUAAUUUCUCGUCACAUCGUAAUAGCAUAUCUCCCCGAGAUAAUUACCACCCGAAAUCAUGGAUUCUUACCCUCAUAAAUUGGAUGCUGGUCUACAUCUGGAAUCCAUUCCUUCGGACAGAUUAUAUCAAAAAGCGAGCAGAAGCUUGGUCGUUCGACUUGAUUCAUCGCGAAGACGAGAACACUGACUACGCUAAUCUUGCUCCUGUCAGUGCUCCCAUGAAUAUGGUGGCCUGCUACCUCCACGACGGCCCCGAUAGCUAUUCUGUAAAGCGCCAUCGCGAGCGUUUACCAGAGUUCUUCUGGAUGAAAGAUGAAGGCAUGCUCGUCAACGGCACAAACGGUGUUCAAACAUGGGAUACGUCGUGGCUCAUCCAAGCAGUUCAUGAAGCCGGGCUGGCGGAGGACCCGACAUGGAGGCCGAUGCUAACGAAAGCUCUCGAGUUUUUGGACGAUCAGCAAAUCAGAGCAAAUUGUAGGGAACAGGAUAUCUGUUAUCGACAGCAGCGAAAAGGUGCCUGGGCCUUCAGUAAUAAAAUACAGGGCUACACAGUCAGCGAUACUACAAGUGAAGCAAUGAAAGCCGUCAUGAUGCUCCAGCACACGUCUGGAUAUCCAGUCUUAGUAUCCAGUGACCGCCUCCAAGACGCGAUUGACACGCUCCUGACCAUGCAGAAUGCGUCCGGAGGAUUCGCCUCUUAUGAGCCAACGCGCGGCUCAGAGCAUUUGGAAUAUCUAAACGCAGCCGAGGUUUUCGGUAGGAUCAUGGUCGAGUACGAUUACCCCGAAUGCAGCACCGCCGUCGUCACAGCUCUACGCCUCUUCUCGAAACACCAUCCCCAGUACCGAAAAGCAGACAUAUCGAAAGCUUUGGAUGGCGCACUAAAGUACAUCCGUAAAGCGCAACGGAAGGACGGAUCCUGGUAUGGCAGCUGGGGCAUCUGUUUCACCUACGCCGGCAUGUUCGCGCUUGAAUCCCUCGCCUCCGUCGGAGAAACUUACGCCAACAGCAGCCGCGUGAAGAAGGCUUGCGAAUUCUUCCUCAGCAAGCAACGGGACGAUGGCGGCUGGGGAGAAAGCUACCGAGGCUGCGAAACCGGCGUCUACGCACAGCGCGAGAGUCAGAUCGUCAUGACGAGCUGGGCCAUCAUCGGACUCUUGGUCGCGGAGUAUCCGGACCAGGAGCCCAUCGAGAGAGCCGUCAGGCUGAUCAUGGCACGGCAGCAGAGAAACGGAGAGUGGAAGCAGGAAGGCAUCGAAGGCGUCUUCAACAAGAGCGUCAUGAUCUCGUACCCGAACUACAAGUUCAUUUUCCCGAUCAAGGCGCUGGGCAUGUUCGCGAGGAAAUACGGGAACCCGGAAAUCCGGUGA